GCCCUCUCCGCGGCCCCUCUCCGAGGGGGGUGGCAGCGGCGUGCCGGACUCGGAGGCCGAGUGGAGGGCCCUGUUCCUCAUGGACUACGACCCCCUGAACCAGCUGCUGGUGUGCAUGGUGUGCGGGGAGCUGCAGCACUCCCAGAGCGCGGAGGGGGCGCGGUGCCACAUCGAGGAGGCCCACCCGGACUCCCUGGGCCUCUCCGCCCAGGACAGGAACCGCAUCCUGGCCGCCUGGGACGAGCAGGUGUCCCUGAGGGAGCGCUUCUUCACCAGCCAGCUGCAGCAGCACCAGGCCAGGCCAGAUGAGACAGAGGACCCCCCGGCCGAGAUCGAAGUUCUCGUGGACUCUGAUGAAGCGCCGGCCUCGAAAGACCGCCGCGCCGCGUCAAAGAACAAGUCCAAAAACACAGGUAGGAGAACCAGCAGGGGGACGAGAAAACCUCUUCUUCAGUGUAGUGCAGGAACCCUGAGGAAGACUUUUUUGCAGAAGAAGAGUUUCUUGCUUGACAUGACUUGAACCCUUGCACGCCGAAUCCUUAACCCUGAACCCUGCACUUUGAAUCCUGAAUCCUUAACCCCGAACCCUGAACUUUCAACCCUGAAGUUUGAAUUCUGAAUCCUUAACCCUGAACUUUCAACCCUGAACCCUGGACCUUUGAACCUUGAAUCUUUAACCCUUAACCCUGAACUUUCAACCCUGAACCCUG